GGUCCCCGUGCCCGUCCCGAUCCCGGUCCGCGGUCCCGGUCCCAUCCCGGCUGCCCCGGCCAUGCUGUCGCGGGGGGCGGUGGGCUGGCGGGCGCUGCGCUGGGCGGGCGGGCGGCCGCGGGCCCGUGGGCUCCGCACCUCUCCGCGGGCUCGGAGCGCCAUGCCCAGCUGGGUCAUAGACCGGUACGGCAGCAACGAGGUGCUGCGCUUCACCAGGGACAUGGUGUUCCCCAUCAUACACUUCCCGAACGAGGUCAUCAUUAGGGUUCACGCUGCCAGCCUGAACCCCAUCGACCUCAGCAUGAGAAGUGGUUAUGGUGCAACUGCCUUAAACAUGAAGCGAGAUCCCCUGAAACUCAAAACCGAGGAGACUGAAUUUCCGCUAACACUUGGUCGAGAUGUCUCUGGUGUUGUUAUGGAAUGUGGACUGAGUGUGUCUUAUUUCAAACCUGGAGAUGAGGUGUGGGCAGCAAUUCCUCCAUGGAAACAGGGCACUCUGUCAGAGUUUGUGGUAGCUAGUGGAAACGAGGUGUCUUUCAAGCCAAAGUGUCUCAGUCACAUAGAAGCUGCUGCCCUACCAUACGUUGGUCUCACUGCGUGGUCUGCACUUAACCAAGUAGGAGGACUGAACAAAAGUAAUUGUAGUGGCAAAAGAGUAUUAAUAUUAGGAGCUUCAGGAGGAGUUGGUACAUUUGCUGUACAGCUAGUGAAGGCCUGGGGUGCUCACGUGACAGCUGUUUGUUCUCAUGAUGCCAGCACCCUGGUGAAAAAGCUUGGAGCGGAUGAUGUGAUUGAUUACAAAUCUGGAAAUCUGGAAGAGCAGCUUAAAGCAUUACCCUUAUUUGAUUUUAUCCUAGAUAAUGUUGGUGGAUCCACUGAGAAGUGGGCAUUAGAUCUCUUGAAGAAGUGGUCAGGAGCAACAUAUGUUACCUUAGUGACACCUUUCCUGAUCAAUAUGGACAAGCUUGGAGUGGCUGAUGGCAUGCUACAAACAGGAGUCACUGUUGGUUCCAAAACUCUAAAGCAUCUUCUUAAAGGAGUCCAUUAUCGGUGGGCAUUUUUCAUGCCAAGUGGCCCAAGUUUGGAUGAAAUAGCAGAACUAGUUGAUUCUGGAAAGAAGAGUUCUCUUAAAUGGACAGACCAUCCAUUCAGAAGAGUAGGUGUUUGGAAAAAAAGGCAGGAGAGAAUUACUGGGGGAAUUGUACCACAAUUUCCUAUAAAUUCAACCAGUUAUUGAUGAAGUCUUCUCUUUUUCUGAAGUUCCAAAGGCCUUUCUGAAACUGGAAGGAGGACAUGCACGUGGGAAAACGGUGAUCAAUGUAAUUAGUAGACAAUAAAGUAUCUCUAA